AUGGCGCCGGCGCGGCCUGGGCCUCCGGGGCUGAUGGCGGGAGGGGGCGGAUAUGCCGUUUUGGUGAAUGGGAGCCUGCCGGGGCAGGUGUGCUCACCGUGGCUAAGCUUCGUGCCUCCUGUUGCAGAGAGGGUUCUUCUGAGGGAGGUCCAGGCGCUCACGCUCCGCAGAGGUCAGUACACGACCUCCCGGCGAACGGCUGCUGUGCCUCAGUUACAGUGCACAGGAGGCACUGCUGGAUGUUCCCCUGUCCCCGAGGUUGUCCAGUGUUACAACAGAGGCUGGGAUGGCUAUGACGUGCAGUGGCAAUGUAAAGCCGAUUUGGAAAACAGCUAUCGUUUUGGACAAAUCGAAGUGAGCUGUGAAGGCUAUGAUUAUCCAGAUGAUCCGUACAUCUUAAGAGGAUCCUGCGGUUUGCUCUUCAGGCUAGAGCUGACUGAGGAAGGUGAAAGGAAGGCAAAGAACUCCGGAAGCUUUGGCUCCGACUCUUAUCAGUCAAGGAAGGAUUUCUCUGAUUCUGGUUUCGGCGUAAUUGUUGUAAUUGUUCUUCUGAUUCUUGCUUAUGGAGUUUACAAGCUCUUCCUCAGUAACCAGCAGCCUCAACAGAGUUUUGGUGAUGGAUUCUCUAGGCCUUCUUGGCAGAGUCAGCAGGCAUGCCCUCCUCCUGGUUUUAAGCCCAGCUUCACAGAAGCUGACAGCUUUGGGAUUCAUUCCAGUCAUGGAACCAAUUCAGGACCAGGAUUUUGGACUGGAUUAGGAGCAGGAGGCUUGCUAGGCUACUUGGCUGGCAGUCACAGAGCGCAGUCACGUUCCCCCUAUUUCAGUACAUGGACAGAUCCUACGGCUGUACCUCCAACGUAUGGACGAUCAAGCAAUUCUACGCAAGCUAGCAGUUCAGGAACAAGAACUGCUUCUGGCUUUGGGGGCACAAAAAGAAGAUGAAAUCCUUGGCGUUACUGCCUCUCAGCAAUUGAACUGAACCUUCUUUCUGUGUGCUAGCACCUUUUUUUAGUAGCAGUAGGCUUCGGGAGUGAAUAUGAGAAGAGGUGUCAAGGACUGGGCAAAUAAUUCUUUUUCCCUGUGGAAAUGUGGGCUCUCCUUCUUGUUCAGGGUAUUGCAGGUACUGGAACCUCCACUAUUUCCCCAAAACAGCUUCUCAUAAGAUACAAAAUAAACUCUUCCAAGUUAAAAGAAUGUUACAGUUGCUUCUAUUUGAGUGAUGAUGUCAUUGGUAGCCUUACCAUGUUUUCAAAGCAAGGAGCUUAUUCAUAGUCUGGGGUAAACUUCCCUGAAUCCAGAAUAUCCGUGUACUUGUUUGUUGUUGUUGCUGUUGUUUUUGUUUUGUUUUGUUUUUCUUUGUGGUCCAGCAUCUGGAAGGCCUAGUGUGUAAUCCAGCUGGUAUCUAAGGGGUACCACCUCUUUUUGCUUGUAAAACUAAGUGAAUGUUACUGUAAGUGCAAUCAGCUGAUUAGAUGGGUGUUGGGGUUUUUUCACUAGUGGAGAGGAAGGUAAAGCUGUAGAGGGACUAACACUGAUGUUUGUGCUGUGUGACUCUUGGAGCCAAAAAUUUGUGGAUUUGAGGAUGUGUAUGUUCUAGGCUUUAUCCAAACGGCCAUGCUUACUGAGGGGGUUUUAGUCAUUCUUUUUGUAAUUAAUAAACAACCUACAGUGAGACAAGAGGGUUCUUGUUUAAUCUAGACCUUUUUCUAGAAGAGAGAGGUCCCUUAAAUUAAGGUGGUUGUAGGCACUUUACCCACAGUAAGAUCCUAGACUUUUUUUUUUUUUUUUUUUUUUUACUGUGAAUGUUAGCAAUGCUGUGAAUGUUUCAGAUGUGAACUGGCUUAUAUUUCAGCUCCUGCUCUUCCUGCAAGACCCACCUGUCCAGGACAGAGUAAACCAAAGGUGUUUAUUACAGAUAGAAAGGGAGAAUUCUUAUUCCCAAGCUGCUAGUAUCUCUAGAACGUAGUAGUCCUUAAGACUAAGCAAGGAGAAGAACCCAGUGUCUGAUGGGACACAAACUUUUGAGAAUGCCUUUUUUUUUUUUCUUUAAGUGUCAAAGAGUGAAUGGGACUCUUUCAGUAUGAGAGAGGCCUUGCUUUGUUCUGUAAUGAUAUAUUUGGACUCUGAGAAGUAUCAUAGUCCUUAUGAGAUUGGCUGUGCCCUGGGAGAGGAAGAGGAAUUGUUUAAAAAAAAAACAAAAACAAAGUAACGUUUCUCAUGAUUUUGUGGGGAAAAUGUGAUUGACAAGCUGCUUGACUGGGGCGUUCUCCAGACACCAUACCUUUAUGCUGAUACAGCUUAGAAGCAUGAGUGUGUACAGCUUUCCUGUGCUGGCUGCAGUCAGAAGGAAGGCAUAACUUUCACCCUUGCGAAAAUGCUAUGUAGGAGAGCUGGUAUAAACUAUUCCAGCAAAAACGAAGCACUCCUGCUAGUGUAAGCUGCGUCUCCACAAGGAAGUAUAGCGGGUAUGGUUAGUCUAGGAAGAUGACUCAGUGUUACUCAUCUGAAAAGUAACUGUGUCUGCUCAUGAGCACUAAAAUAAUUAUGCUUGAGUUCAGUAUCUGGCUUAGGCAGCAAGAAAUAUAUAGAAAUCUUUAAGAAGCUGACAAAAGCCACUAAAGAGUGUAGAGCUGGUGAUGAAAAAGUGAAAUCUUGAUGCGAUUGAUAACUUGAUGAUUGAAAUAGUGAUUUAUCAUUUGAGAGGUGUGUGUGUUUAAUGUUGGAGGCCAGCUGCUCAGAGCUGCUUGAGGAUUAUGUGGUUGGAGGAAAAUAGGGGCAAUCUAGCAUUACUAACAGCCUGCUCCAACAACCUAGAAAGCAAGGAAAAUGUGAAGACCUUCCUGUUGGCCAGCUAGAAAGUUGUACAUGCUAUGGGGAGAAGUAUAUGGUAAAUCUUUUAUCUUUUUGGCCAAGUAUAGCAAAGUAACCUAUUUUAAAUGUGCAGUUUUUACUUAUUUGGAAUUGUAUUAAGGCUGAAACUUGUAACAGUACUCUCUGCACCAACUAAUUACAUAACAAUGAAACUGGAGUUUGAAGCUGGAGCUUGGUCUAAAUUUACGAUGUGCUGUAAAACGUUUUAGAGAAUGCUUUCAUUUGUAUUUAUAUUUCCUACAUUGAAUAUGUUAUGAUGCAUAAACUUGAUGACUUACUGUA